AUUCCGAAAUAUAGCGCUACAGCGAGACCAGGAUGACCACUACCUCUGGAUCAUCCGUGCCAACGUUUCCCAAACCUCUCAACCUCCCACUUACUUCCGAACAAAUCGCUCAGAUUAACGACUACCUACGAGAUCGUACACCCGAAGAGAUUCUCUCAUGGGCAGUCGAGCAUAUACCCGCACUGUACCAGACAACAGCCUUUGGUUUGACAGGCUUGGUAGCCAUUGACAUGCUCUUCAAGAUCACGUCGAAUCCUCCACCACUGAUCUUUAUCGACACUUUGUACCACUUUGCCGAAACUUUGGAGUUGGUAGAAGAUGUGAAAAAGAGGUAUGGGCUGGAUGUCCAUGUGUAUAAGCCUGAGGGAUGUGAGAUAGUGGAGGACUUCGAGAAGAAGUACGGAGACAAGCUUUGGGAGCGGGAUGAACAAACAUACGACUACCUCGUUAAGGUCGAACCAGCGCGCAGAGCCUACGAUGAACUAGGCGUAAAAGCCGUCAUAACAGGCAGACGAGCUUCGCAGGGUGGGGAUCGCGCGAAGCUCCAACCUUUGGAAGUUGAUAGCACCGGACUGCUGAAACUCAACCCUUUGUUUGCAUGGACUUUUGACUUUGUUGAUUGGCACAUCAAGUCAAACAACGUACCCCGAAACAAGCUUCUCGAUCAGGGUUAUCGCAGUGUAGGCGAUUGGCACAGCACUGUUAAGAGCAGUGAAGGGGACACGGGUGAAAGAGCAGGUAGGUGGGCUGAGAAGGCGGAGAAGACAGAGUGCGGGUUACACGUGGAUUAUUUUGCUAUGAAGGCGGCUGCGAAGAAGAAACUUGAGGCGGCGCAGGAUCACCAAGUCGGUGCAGAAAGUGGUACACCUACGGCAGAUGUCACGAUAGUUUGAUAUCCAUGCUUCUCUUCUGUGUCUGCCUUGUAGCAAUAUUGCCUCUUUGUGGAGAAUAAUCCCACAGCAUGUAUCGACUAGACCUUUACCUAGAAAUGCUGUGCUUGACCCUAAGUGUAGCUUCGUUUCAACGACCACCUGCAAAAACCUUUCUUCCUAACUGUCCAACUUACAGUAGGGAGCGUUGAUAUCCAUGCCUUAAGCGCACUUCGCUGUAUUUCUCCGAAUCAACUUCUCAUCUCGUCCUUCUCUC